AUGGCGGAUAACUGUGGAAUUUGUUUGGCUUUACCCGAGAAAUUCGGGUGUGGCUGGUGUCAAGGAUCGGAUCGAUGCGAAGUUCAGGAACAGUGUGGUGCCCCAAGUGUAUGGUUAAAUCGAACUCAGACGUGUCCCAACCCAGAAAUACAUUCUUUUAGACCGCAACUAGGCCCGUGGGACGGAGGCACAAACAUUACUAUCGAAGGCAUAAAUCUAGGUCGCAAUAUAUCCGAUAUCUAUAAUGGCGUCACCAUAGCCGGUAUUAAAUGUCAGCCAAUAGUCGCAUUGUACGUGAAAACGAGGCGUAUCGUUUGUACUGUCGACGGACCGGGCGAGGAGGUCCCGCGAGACGGACCCGUGGUUGUCAGAGUUGCAGACUAUCGUGGAGAAUCGAAACAUCAUUAUGCCUUCGUUAAUCCGAAAAUAAAUUCUAUUCAACCCAAAUACGGUCCACAAUCAGGUGGAACUAAAUUGCGUAUCACAGGCGAAUAUUUAAACGCCGGAAACAACAUUCAGGCUUUUAUCGAUGACCUGCCGUGCGCUAUUCUUUCCGUGUCUCACGAGGAGGCAGUUUGCCGUACCAGUCAUUCUUAUCAACUUAAAAUGGGUACGCUGCGGAUGCGCUUCGACACGGGAAUGAGAACAUUGGAACGUGAAAAGUUUGAGUAUAUAGAAGACCCUGUUGUAGUGUCCGUCGAAUCCGGCCCGCCGUUAGCAUCUCAGCGUAAACAACCCAAGGGCAUCCCAUCCGGAGGGAUAAACAUCAAAGUAAUGGGCCGUAACUUUCAUUCCAUUCAGUUCCCGCAAAUAUAUGUUUAUCACGACAACCGGCCAUAUAUUGCUCCUUGCCAUAGAGUUGAUUUUCAGACGCAUUUGAUUUGCGAGUCCCCCGGGAUUGAGAGUGCGGGUCUUAAUCUAGAUCCGGACAGGCCUCUAGAAUUGGAAUACGGUUUCAAUAUGGAUGAUGUGCAAAGCGUGCAAAAUUUGACAAGUAAGACUGGCGACGCGUUCUUACUUUAUCCGGAUCCGAUAUACGAGAAGUUCGAUGAAGACAUUAAAUAUUAUAAAUCGGAAUAUUUGACUAUCAAUGGGCAGAAUUUGGACAGGGCUUGUACGGAGAGCGACGUUGAAGUGCGUAUAGGCGAGAGCUUGUGUAACGUUACCUCGCUGGGGAGGCACCAGUUGACUUGUCGACCGCCGUCGCGCGAUGAGUUGCCAGACGGGGUGGAUUCACCGGAGGUCGUCGUGAGGGUCGGUCGUGCUCUCACGUACAAGAUCGGAAAACUAUCUUAUUCCUCUCAGGCCGGCCUCCAGGCGGCCAUCGGAAAGCCAGUAUUAUUCGGUGUUAGUGCCAGCGUAGUAAUACUAAUAUUAGUAUUUGUCGUGUUUCUAGUUAUGUAUAGGAGAAAAUCAACUGAAAAUAUUAGGGUAUUAAAGAAUAUGCAGGAGCAAAUGGAUAUUUUAGAGUUAAGGGUAGCGGCCGAAUGCAAGGAGGCGUUCGCCGAACUUCAGACUGAAAUGACCGAUCUGACGGGAGACGUGACUGGCGGUAUACCGUUCUUGGACUACCGCACCUACGCAAUGAAGAUAUUGUUCCCGAAUAUUGACGAUCACGCCGUCCUGCAGUGGGAACGUCCAGAGCUUAUUAGAAAAGAGAAAGGUCUGAAAAUGUUCGGACAGUUAAUUAUGAAUAAAACAUUCCUAUUAUUAUUUAUUCGUACUUUAGAAAGCAAUAGAUAUUUUUCAAUGCGCGAUCGUGUUAAUGUAGCUUCUCUUAUUAUGGUAACUUUACAAAGUAAGAUGGAAUAUUGUACUGAUGUUUUAAAGACGCUACUAGCGGAGUUAAUAGAAAAGUGCAUGGAAGGAAAAAGUCAUCCAAAGUUAUUGUUAAGGCGUACAGAGAGCGUUGCCGAAAAAAUGCUGAGCGCUUGGUUCACUUUCCUUUUAUAUAAAUUCUUACGUGAAUGCGCCGGCGAACCUCUUUACCUCUUGUUCAGGUCGAUGAAAGGUCAGGUAGAUAAGGGACCGGUGGACGCUAUUACCUCCGAAGCGCGCUAUUCUCUCAGCGAAGAGAAACUAAUUAGGCAGUCGAUAGAUUUCAAAGCGAUGACCGUGAGCGUAUCGAUAUCUCAACAAACGAUCUUCGUAAGUGGCUUAGAGGCGACCACGGAAAAUGUACAAGUUAAAGUUCUCGACUGUGAUACGAUUAGUCAAGUAAAGGAGAAGUGCUUGGAUGCUAUUUACCGCGCUACACCGUACUCGCAAAGGCCGAGCCGUGACGAGUUAGACUUGGAGUGGCGCACGGGCGCUUGCGGUCGAUUAAUUUUGUAUGACGAGGACAGCACUACUAAAUGCGAAGGGGAAUGGCGCAAGCUGAACACCCUUAAUCACUACCGCGUACCUGACUGUGCUUGUCUCAGUCUAGUUGCUAAGCAGAGCUCCGUUUAUAAUUUAUCCAACAUGGAGAAAAACGACAAGUCGCAUACUUAUGAAACUCUGAAUAGAGGUAAAUACGGCUCGGCUAGUCCACCCGCCAGCCCGCUUAAGUACGAACACGGCGGUGGCUUUAAAUACUGGCAUCUCGUUAGGCAUCACGACGGUGACGCGCACAAGGAGGGAGAGCGCGGUAAUAAAAUGGUCUCUGAGAUAUAUCUCACGCGUCUCCUCGCUACUAAGGGUACGUUGCAGAAGUUUGUCGAUGACUUGUUCGAAACUAUUUUCAGCACAGCGCACCGCGGUUCGGCGCUACCGCUUGCUAUUAAAUACAUGUUCGACUUCCUCGAUGAUCAGGCGCUUCAACACGCGAUUUCGGAUCCGGAAGUGGUUCACACUUGGAAAAGCAAUUCGCUCCCGCUUCGUUUUUGGGUUAAUUUAAUCAAAAAUCCCAAUUUCGUUUUCGACGUACAUAAAUCUAAUACGGUGGACUCUUGCUUAUCUGUGAUCGCGCAAACGUUUAUGGACUCGUGCUCGACGUCCGACCAUAUCCUCGGGAAGGACUCGCCUUCCUCGAAGCUUCUUUACGCGAAAGAUAUUCCGGUGUACAAAGAGUGGGUGGAGCGGUAUUACGCGGAUAUAAAGUUGAUGCCGGCGAUAUCCGAUCAGGAUAUGAACGCGAUGCUAGCGGAGGAGUCGCGCCUCCACACGAAAGAGUUCAAUACGAACUGCGCGCUGAAUGAGCUAUACGCGUAUGCGGUUAAGUACAACGAGCAGUUGAUGGUGACGCUCGAGGAGGACGAGUUCUCGCAGAAGCAGAGACUCGCGUACCGUCUCGAGCAAGUUCACGGCCUCAUGGCGCACAACUACGACGUGUGA